AUGACUUCAGAACAUGUCGAGGAUUUGAGUUCCGUCGAAGAAUCACGAGAUUCCAAAGCUGCUAUUGUUUCUAGUCCUAAACUCGUGACAUCUUUGUUUUGACAACAAUUAAAGUAGACAAAAAGGCAAGAAUUAGGGGAGAUUUGUGUGUCAGUCUCUCACACCGCUUUGUCGAGGAUAGUGGGAGCUACUACAAUCUUGUACCUGUCUAUAGGGGUUUCUUGGGAAGAUUCAAAGGAAGGGUAAAAAUGAUGAGGAGCCUUAUUAUUCUGGCUGUGUUGGUGGCUGCCGUAUUUGCCAAGGGCCGUGGACCUUUCCGCACAUUGUUUCCAGAUCAUGGGGAUCUUGAAGUCAAGAGGAAAUAUUCUCAAGAUGUUGGAGAUCCACUCUUUUUGACCCCAUAUAUCAAAGCAGGCAAGAUACAGGAAGCAAGAAAUCUUAGCAAGGUUGGCUUAGGAUAUCGUCACGGUCAUAGUUUUUCAGGCCUGCUGACUGUCAAUGAAAAGUAUAAUUCCAAUCUUUUCUUUUGGUUCUUUGCAGCCAAGGUACGAGCAGACACUGCCCCAGUGCUUGUAUGGCUUCAGGGAGGACCUGGAGGUUCUUCUCUGUUUGGAUUGUUUGCUGAACAUGGGCCAUUCAAUGUUGACAACAAGCAGCGCUUAGUACCUCGCCUCUUCCCUUGGACACAGACUCACAAUGUCAUUUACAUUGAUAAUCCUGUAGGGACAGGUUUCAGUUUUACUGAUGAUGAUAACGGAUAUGCCAGGAAUGAGACCGAUGUCGGACGAGACUUGUAUACUGCAAUUGUGCAGUUCCUGACUCUCUUCCCAGAACUACAAAAGAACGACUUUUAUGUCACAGGAGAGUCAUACGCUGGGAAAUAUGUACCAGCACUAACAUACACUAUCCACCAGAUGAACCCUACUGCAGAGCUUAAAGUGAAUCUUAAAGGUAUGGCUAUUGGUGAUGGAUUGUGCGAUCCAGUUUCCAUGACAGAUUAUGGUGAUUUUCUGUAUCAAGUUGGAUUGAUUGAUGACAUUGAUUUGGCAUACUUCAAAAAUCAGAGCAGCCUUGCUGUGAGCCUGAUUGAGCAAGAAAAGUGGAAAGAGGCGUUUGAGGUAUUUGACAGCUUGCUGAAUGGCGAUAAAACUGGGUAUCCAUCAUACUUCACGAACGUGACUGGCCUUACCUAUUAUUUCAAUUAUAUUGCCGAAGGUGAACCAAAGGACAUGGAUUACUGGCCAGCUUUUAUCAAUUUGCCUGUGGUACGUGAAGCACUUCAUGUUGGGAAUUUAACCUUCCAUAGUGGAGAAAAGGUGGAGACUUUCCUAGAGGAAGACAUCAUGAAGAGUGUCAAACCAUGGAUCGAGGAGAUUAUGAACAAUUACAAAGUAAUGAUUUACAAUGGUCAGUUGGAUGUCAUCAUAGCCUAUACUCUUACUGAGAACUUUUUGAGUUCCCUGAACUGGACACAUGCUGAGGAGUACCAGCACUCUCCGCGAUACAUCUGGCGUGUUGACAAUGAAGUGGCUGGCUACGUUCGCGAAGUUCCGAACUUUGUGCAAGUCAUGGUUCGCAAUGCCGGUCACAUGGUUCCUUACGACCAACCAAAAUGGGCCUUUGACAUGAUAAACAGAUUCACUGCUGAGAAAUCAUUUGCAUCACGAGAAAAGAAGAGAGGGUAACAAAUGGUGGAAAUAACUUGGUUGGGGGGAAAGAAAAGUCUUUAGCCUGAAAGGCAAGCUGUGCUGUAGGUAUUGAUGUCUUUGACAUCUGAGAUAUAGUGUAGAUGUCCUUGAUAUUAUAUAUGUAGAGGGAGCUAGUCAUUUGAAAGUGAAUCUACAUAAGUAAAGCAUGUGAUAAUGCUGUGAUAAAGUCUCAAAAAUGACUUUUUAAACUUUUUUUUCCCCAUGUACAAUAUUAUGAAAUUUGUUCUGUUCAGGUUAUUGCUUGAUACUCAACAAAAGUCUGAGAAAUGCUUAGAUGAGUUUGCUUAUGAGAUGGCCUUAUUUUGCAACUUGAUACAUAUCACUAUUUUCUAAGGUUGUAUGAAUUGUAUCAGGUUCCUGAGAAGUGAAAUACUUUAGUUAUCACUGUAUCAGUAGAUUGCAUUUAAUCAUGACCAUAGAGAUAGUAAGCUAAUACUAUGCUUAUAGUGUAGAACAUUUGGUUAUGGUAUAUUGUAUUAACAAAGAGGGCUUUUGAGAUUAUAUUUUUUCUAGCACAGAAAUCUACUUAUAGUUAAUGACAGACUGUUUUUAAUAAGAUAGUUACUGACAGACUGUUUUUAAAUAAUGAACUUUAAGGAGAAGUUUUAACAUUUCUGUUCUGUGUUGUAUUUAUUUUUAUCUCUGUCAAUUUUAUGUUGUUUGCGCCAGUAUUGGAAUGGUUGAAAUUGAGUGUAUUUCUUGUAAUUCUAUUUUUAUAGCUUCCAAAUCGGCAAUAAAUGUAUCCUAAACUUA